CGCAGGUCGUUGCCCCGCGGAGGCUGCGCAGCAGUGCCGCUGCGCCCGCGCACCCGACGGUUGUGCCACUCGCGCCGCGUUCUCUAUUCAAAUACGACUGUCAAACUCUUCCACAAUGUCGCGGACGCUCCUCCUCAUCGGCAUUCUGCAGGUCAGCGCGCUGACAAUGGUUCAUUCGGCUAAACAGCAGCUAAGCUUAUCAGAGUCCUAUCUCCCUGUGGCAAUGCAGGUGAUAGCCCAUCUGACCGACCAGAUGUCUUACGCCACCCAAGCCGACGAACCAGCCAAGCCCAAGCCAACUGCCAAGCCCAGCCAGAACAAGCCAACAGCAAGCCCGUUCAAGCCAAUGGAUACGCCGGUCAAGCCGACGGGUACGCCAGUCAAGCCAAUGGAUACGCCAGUCAAGCCAGCAUCGUUUCCGAAGCCAACGACUCAGAAACCGGCAUACGAGUCCACCACGCAGCACCACCGGCCCGGCCUCUACGCGCCGCUCGCGCCUCCGAAGCCUAAUGAACGAGUCGUCACUAAGGACUUCCUUCUACCUAUUGAUCAGAACUCACAGUACACCGUUAUAGCACCCAACGACCGCCCAACCGAAGAGCCCCUACUCUCAAUAGAAGACACAGAGAUCAAGCCACUAGUCGAACCGAAGCCCGACAGCGAGCCUCUACUCCCACCCCACUUCGCGCCGUCCAGCCGUACCUCCGAGGAUAUAUUGCUCGACGAUGAAGGGCUGAGUGAUGAGGGCCUGCAGUACCUGUCCCCGACUGUACGCGAGUUGAUCAAGAUGGCUAAUGGCCCUGAUGAUGAGAGGUUGCUAGAGGUGCGCGGGGGGGAGAUCAAGGCGGGUCCCUCGAAGCUGUCCACCUCCAGCCUGCGCCUGCUGCUGCUGUACGACCUGCUCAGCCGCGACGCCAAGAAGCAGAGGCUGAAUGACUAUAGUGGCUUCUCAGACACAGUGAUCCGGGAACUAGCGACUUCCUCCAACGGUGGAGCAGCAUCACAACUGGCCUUCGCCCUGAAGAAGAUGCUCGACCGACAGGACUGCACCCACGAAUACGCCAAUAACAGAGCUCGGGAGAUGAUCACAGAGCUCGCUAUGAACGAAUCAAAACUCACCUCGGAAAUACGGAAUCUGGAGCCAUUGGUCUACAAGGUGUAGCGACGCUAGCGCCAGUGUUGCAGUGCGGAGGGGAGAGGAAACUAGUUUGAAAGUUGCCAUGUUAGAUUUCGCCGUUUUUGUAGGGUGAAAGAUCUCUUUGCAUUUAUAUUUUAUUGAAAUAUCUAGCCUUAGUUAAAAUGUAUGUCUAUUAAUAUUAUGAUAUCUAAGUUAGUGUUCUAGGAAUAUUCUUAUUCUAUAAGCAUUAUGUUUAAAGAAAAAUAAAAAAGGUAUAUUUCAUGAUUAUAAAUAGCAAUAUACGUGAUAUAUAAAAUAGAUAUAAAAAUAUAGUAAGAACUUACCUAUUAUUUAUAAAUAAACUAAAAUAUUUAUACACAU